CGCGAGUGACGGUCUGUGAGGGGAAAUUGACAUUAAAUUUAUUAUUUAGAACUUGUAGUUACCGUGUUUACAUAAACAUGACCGGAAUUUUACCCACAUACCAACGUUUUGUAAAUGGAGUCCCCGUGCCGUCCAUUUCUCGACGGUCUUUUCGACUUCGAGAGAAAUAUUUAAUCGUUUCUGUACUUUUGACAUUCGCAAUUGUAUGGUUAGGCGCACUUUUCUAUUUGCCAGAGUUUAAAAACUCGAGUAGUGUCAACGACAGUGUGUAUAAUGUGUACAAACGUAUUCAGAAAGCCGGUCCUGAGCUACUUAUGCCGCCGCCUGUUAUGCAUAACGAAGUGGGAGAGUUUGCUGCCGUGGGAAUAGUUCGUCACGGCGAAGAAGGUGAUGAUCCUCAUAUAAUUGAAGACAGAAAUCGUCUUCGUGCUAAAAUUGAAGAGGACAUGGGUAUGAAAGUGUUGGAAAGGCCACAAUUUGAUGUAGCACCGUCAGCAUCGUCCUCUCGAGGUCCCAGCAAAGCCCCAGUGGAUGCUAUAGAAGAGCCUGCUGUAGAUAAAAAUGCUGCCAAUAAAAACGCAUCCCCUGAAGGUCUUAAGGAACUGGAAGGUGCAGAAAAUAAGUAUGUUCCUGUUCCCCUGAAACCGAAUGCAGAUCCUGAGCUGAAGAAAAAAGUGGACACUGUGAGAGAGAUGAUGCGUCACGCGUGGAACAACUACAAGCUAUACGCAUGGGGCAAGAACGAACUGAAGCCAAUAUCGAAACGCGCGCACCUGUCGAGCGUGUUUGGCGCCGGGGAUCUCGGCGUGUCCAUUGUCGACGGUCUUGACACCUUGUACCUUAUGGGUCUUACCGACGAGUUUAAGGAAGGAAGGGAUUGGGUUGCUGAACAUCUUCACUUCGCUGAUAUUGACACGGACCUGUCAGUAUUCGAGACGACUAUCCGAUUCGUUGGCGGUCUGCUGUCUUGCUACGCGCUGACUGGUGACGUGGUGUUCAGGGACAAGGCGGCCGAGGUGGCUGAUGCGUUGCUGCCCGCCUUCGACACCCCCACCGGUGUACCAUUCUCACUCAUCAACCCGUCCACUAAGGCUAGCCGACAGUAUCACUGGGCAGGACCUAACAGUAUACUCUCAGAAAUUGGGACUUUGCACAUGGAGUUCUCAUAUCUCAGUGAUGUAACUGGUCGUGAUGUUUACAGAAAGAAAGUGGAUCGUAUCCGUGAUGUGCUGUACAACAUUGAGAAGCCCGGAGACCUCUACCCCAACUACAUCAACCCUCGCACCGGACAAUGGGGACAGAAACACAUGUCUCUGGGCGCGCUCGGCGACUCGUUCUACGAGUACUUGCUGAAGUCAUGGCUGGUGUCGGGGCGAGCAGACGAGCAGGCUCGCGAGAUGUUCGACGUCGCCAUGCAGGCCGCGCUCGACAAGAUGCUGCGCGUCUCGCCCAAUGGACUCUCCUACCUCGCGGAGCUUAAAUACGGUCGUGUAUUAGAGGAAAAGAUGGAUCACCUUUCGUGCUUUGCCGGCGGUAUGUUCGGUCUGGCGUCAGCGACGUUGGAGAACUCUCAGGCGGAGCGCUACAUGGAGGUGGCGCGACGUCUGACACACACUUGUCACGAGAGCUACGCGCGCGCUGACACCAAGCUGGGACCUGACGCAUUCAAGUUCUCUGGUGCUGCGGAGGCGCGCGCUCAGAAGAGCAACGAGAAGAUGUUCCUGCUGCGGCCCGAGACCUUCGAGAGCUACUUCAUUAUGUGGCGACUCACUAAGGACCAGAAAUACCGCGAUUGGGGCUGGGAGGCUGUACAGGCGUUGGAGAAGCAUUGCCGUGUGGAUGGAGGAUACACAGGCCUCAUGAAUGUGUACCACAAGAAGCCGCAAGGUGACGAUGUGCAGCAGAGCUACUUCCUCGCUGAAACACUCAAGUACUUAUACCUGUUGUUCUCCGAUGACACCCUGAUACCUCUAGACGAGUGGGUGUUCAAUACGGAGGCACAUCCACUACCUGUCAAGGGGAAGAACCCUCUGUACCGGGCCGCGGACAAACCUGAACAUGUCAAAGAUGAAAAUCAAAUAUAAAAACAAUGAUGUCAUCAAUUUGUGACAAUUUAUCACUGCCCUGUAAAUAUGUGGGUAUGUUUUAGUGUCAAGUUAUUCGAUCCUUUUUUUUUUGUACCAAAUUCCAUCACAAUUAAUG